AUGAAUGUGGAGGAAACAAGAAUAAGUCUUCUACAUGGUAUAUCUUUUAAUGCCAAAGGAAAAUUAGUAUGGCUUGGAACGUUUCAGCAUUUGCAACAGUUUGUUGAAGAUAUACUGAAUUUGUCAAACGGUGUUUGGGAUGGCCCUGGCGGCCAUGAUAAACGAUUCAAAAGUGAAAAGAUUGAUUUAAGAUGGUAUCCAGACACGAAAUCGAUCACACUAAGUGGAACGCUUAAAGAAGAGAUUAAAGCUAAAUUAGAAUCAUUGGCAUGGGUCUCAAAAAGUUUGGCAAAUGCUGAAGAUCAUAAUAAGAUUGCUGACGACCAUAACGAAAAAGAAAUGCAUACUAAUGAUGAAUAUAAGCCUACUGACAAAGACCACGACCUGUCCCUGGAGGCUUUUAAAAAUCAACUUCAAGUUCUUAGCAAACAGGUCAAUGAAAAUGAAUCUGCCCUCAAAAUUAUCCUAAACGAGCGUGCUGAGAAACAAAAUUGGGCUGAUGAUCAGAAAUUGGUUAGUGAAUUAGCAGGCCUAAGAGAGGAAAAUAACACACUAAAAAAUGAGAACUUACGCCUAAAGAAUGAAAACAAUGAUCUAAAUGAAAGAAUAAAUAGGGAAAAGGGAAAGACCAAAACAGCCGAGGAAGAGAGAGACAGCAUGAUCACUGCUAUGCGCCUAUUAGUUGCAGAGUCAAAUACAGUGAUCGAAAAGAGCCAAUUACCGAAGCAUAACCCCGAAACCGAACAAAGCGGGCCCAAUGGAGCGGAUGAAUGCACAACACGGGCACAGAUGAAAGAUGCCCUAAAACCAAGCAUUCAAAUAAGCAACAAUAGACCUACUACAUCAAACACUGACAUAGGAAAUAACGAAGCCGAAGAACCUGAGAUAGACAGCGAUGAUCAAGUUAAACAUUCAACCCAUAUCCCAACUCAUAAUCGUUAUACGCCACUUAGCGUAGAAGAAGAAACUACCCAAAGAGAAACAGUGUAUAAACACUCUGAAAGCAAAUCGAAUAUCGUUCUCAUCGGCGACUCUAUGGUCAAAAAUAUAAACCCUCGGAAAUUGUCAAGAAAACGAGUUAACAAAUUUAUAUAUCCAGGCAAAACAACUGAGGAAAUUGCUUCUGAAAUCCAAAAUAUAAGCGUACAAUCACCUACGAGUACAACUCAUGUUAUUAUUCACGCAGGAACAAACAAUCUCCCGAUGGACUCGAGCAGCAAAUGUGUAAAGAGUGUCAAAGGCUUAUGCGCUCGAGUUAAAGAACGAUUUCCUGAUGCUAAGCUAGGGCUCUCAAGUAUAAUUCAAAGAAAAGACAUUGACGUAUCAGGAAAAAUUGAUGAGGUAAAUACUCAACUAGAACACCUAUGUAAUGAACUAGGUUAUACUUUUAUUGAAAAUUCAAUCAUAGAUGAAUCUAGUUUAAAUGGCAGUAAACUGCACUUAAAUACAAAAGGGUCUGCUCUCUUAGCAACGCGUUUUAUUAAGUCCCUGAACCCAAAUAAGCAAGUACACAAUCAGGCAACUGCUGCUGGUACUCAUAGCCCAUCGGAAAAUUUUCUGAGGGAUUUGUUGAACUUGGUAGCUCUAACACAGACUCCAAUGCCACUACGAAGACGAACUCGUUAA